CGACUCUUGUGGCCGAGCUCAUCGCGAACGCUGUCUCCUAUAGCGCUCGGCGGUGCCAGUGCGUGGUGCGCUAUAUUUUGCGCUUUGCUUUCAUGUUGAACUCCAACUCGCAAACUUCGUGCGCAAAGUGGUAAACAACACGCGUGACUGCGGAGAGCCUAACGGGGUUGACUUCGUGCCAGGAGUCGUCGAAGGGUGUUUGUUACUGGCAAACAUGGAGCGCCCUGGGUGCAGCACCUCGCCGCGAUUAUCACGCGUGCGACUGACGGACAAGUCCUCCCUCACUUUCUUCUGGCACUGGUUCCUGCCGAUCUUUCUAUUAUUUUUUGUGCCGCACGUUGUCGUGUGUGCGAUCUCUUUCGUGGUCACCUAUGGGUCAUCCACGGCAGACGCAUUUGAGCGGGGAUUGCUACCCUUCUGGUACGACGCCUGGACAUUACAUGGUGCUGGAACACCACAGACUUGGGUCUUCCUCGCCAUGUUCGCAGUUUACAGCGGUCUCUCUCUUCUGGUCCUUCCUGGAGAAAUAUACUACGGGCCACCGACGUUGACGGGUCACCGACCUAUCUACCGCAAGUCUGGCUUCACGUACUACGUGAUAACUAUGGCUUUGGCCGUAUUCAUUCUUCUCGUUCAAGACGCGCGCGCCUGGUCCAUCUACAGGAACCUGCCCGGAGUGGCUGUUGCCCUCACCAUAAUCGGCUACGUCGUUACGUUUCUCGUAUAUGUCAAAGGUAAACUAUGGCCGUCGCCGGGAGAGUACGGUUCGACCGGAAGUGUGGUGUUCGACAUCUACUGGGGCCUAGAGCUGUACCCGCGCAUAGGAGACCGCUUCGACGUCAAGCAGUGGACCAACUGUCGCUUUGGCAUGAUGAUGUGGCAGCUUGUGGUGCUGGUCAGCUGGAAGGCUCAAGUGGAGACGACUGGCUGGAAUUGGUCUAUGGCAACCACAGCUUUGUUACAGACGGUGUACAUCGCGAAGUUCUUUUGGUGGGAAGACGGAUACAUGCAGACCAUCGAUAUCAUCGUGGACAGAGCAGGUUACUACAUCUGCUGGGGCUGCAUCUGCUUUCUGAGCAUGCUGUACCCUCUCACGAGUCUGUACAUGGUCGAGAACAGCCCCGAGUCUGGACCUGUCACGGCAGCUCUGAUAUUCCUGACGGGCCUUGCCAUAAUAGGCCUCAACUACUGGACGGACUACCAGAGGCAGGUGGUGAGAGCGACGCAGGGAAAGUGCACCAUCUGGGGAUCUCCACCGAAAGUGAUCAAGGCCUCGUACCGAGACGCGACGGGAAAACAGAGAACCAACCUGCUUCUGGCUUCGGGAUUCUGGUCGCUCAGCCGCCACAUGAACUACGUGUUCGAGAUCCUCGCCUCUCUGUGCUGGGCCCUGCCAUCCGGAGCGUCCAGCAUCGUGCCGUACUUGUACGUGCUCUACCUGUGCGGCUUGCUCCUGCACCGAAGUUAUAGGGACGAGGAAAAGUGCUCCAAGAAGUACGGAGAGUAUUGGAAGCAGUACUGCACUUUAGUCAAGCGCCAAUUUAUACCUUAUUUAUUUUAAACCCGCGUUAGGAUGAAAAACAACAAGCACGACAAGUUCCUGUGGCUGCGUUCGAAUAAAGUGUUAGGUUUUACAGUCAUUGCCUAUAUAGUUGUCAAAACAGUGUACUCGGCAUGAAGUGUAGCGACGAUUUACGAACUUUUCAUGACGUUGAUUCCCCACAGACGCAGUCACAACUGCCAGUGAUUUUGUUAAGAUGCGUCUUGAGAAUAAAUAUUAAGUUUAUUUCAAUUGGCAAAGUUGUGAUUUAUCAAUUAUCGAUACGGUUUGAAGAAAUUGCACCUUUGAAAGGCUCAAUUGUUGCCAAAGAGUAUUGUUUAAGGAGGCACUAAAUAGAAGCUUGAUCAAAUACAUUCACGAUCUACUGCGAAUAUCCCCAUAUCGCACGCUGUGCGUUGCUUUUAUAAUGCGCCUGAAAAGUGUGCCAAGCACGGCACACCAUGGAGCAUUUUCAGAACUGUUGCCAAAGCGUCGUUGAGCCAGCAAGCCCCGUGUCACUGUCUUGAAACAUUUCCAAGUCAAAAUAAAGUUUAUUAUGAA